GCCUCACAAAGCGCCUGGGGCCGAGGGGGCGACGGGAACUGCGGCCCGGGACAGGCGUGUGCGGGCCGGCAGCGCCUCUUGCCCUGGUCUCCGCCCGCCGAGAAGCCCGGAGCCGUAGCGCAGAGUCUGGCUCCCUGUGGCGCCCACACUCCGGUCCCCGCAGCCCCAGGGAAGCUGUAGUUUGUAUUUCUCCCUUUCCUUCUCCGCCUGGCUCCUGACCUCAGCGAGCACAAGUUCUGGUUACUUUUUCCUGUCACUGCGAGGUGCCUGUGGUUUGGGAGCUUAUUGGGCGGUUCUGAAUCAUCAGAGACAUGAUGCUGUUGAAGCUUCAGGUUCAGUGUCUGGCUAAAGAGAUCUCUCCUGCUGUCUGACUGCUGCAGCCUCCUGACGGUGCUAUGGACUCUCAGCUUUGGCAAGGUUCCCUGGGAGGGAAUUUCUCAGACUGUCCCAAUGGCUCUCAAUGGGUGUGGGAUGUGUUCAAUGAGUGUGCCCAGGAUAUCCGGGACUUCACCAGUAUUGUGUUGGGUCUGGUUUCCAUCUUCUGCUUUGCAGGAUCUUCCUUCCCCCAAUAUUACCAAGCCUGUAAAACAGGUAAUAUGGACCAGGCUCUCUCCAUAUACUUCCUGCUGGGAUGGCUAGGAGGAGAUUCCUUAAAUCUAAUAGGCUCUUUCCUGGCCAAUCAGUUGCCACUACAGGUCUACACUGCCAUUUACUACGUGCUGGCAGACCUGGUCAUGUUGUCUCUCUACCUCUACUACAAAGUCAGGAACCAGAGCAGAGGCUUCUCUGCUCCAAUUAAUGCAGCCUUUGCCUUCGUUUUUGUGGGAACCGUGUCAGCAACAUCUUUGCUGGGCAGAGCUAGCUCCACAGUUGAAACAGUGACAUUUAAAGGGAGGACUCUCCUGUCUGCCACAGUGGAUGCAGCUGGAUGUGAGCCUUUCACCAAGAAGGAAAUCAUUGGCUUCACUGUUGGCUCUAUCUCCUCCUUGCUGUAUCUGUUCUCCCGAGUGCCCCAGAUCUACACUAAUUUCAAGAGGAAAUCUACCGAAGGGGUGUCAUACUGUCUUUUCGCUUUGGUGAUGCUGGGGAACUCACUGUAUGGAGUAAGUGUGCUUCUGAAGAACCCAGACCCAAGGCAAGCUGAAGGCAACUACAUCAUUCAUCACCUCCCCUGGCUGAUUGGCAGCCUAGGGGUCCUGUCUCUUGAUGUGAUUAUCUCCUUCCAGUUCCUUGCCUAUCGGAAGAGAAGACCUUGCACUUCUGAUGAGAGAGAGGCCUUGCUUGGCAAGCAAGAUGAACCCCUUGACAGCUGACAAAGGAACUGUCCCUCAAGCAAGAAUGGGAUACUGGUGAGAACUCUGGCUUCAAACUAGGGCACAGCGAGUUGCCAUCAGGUUCCUAGACCUGUUUUCUGUUAACAGGAGUUGCCCAAAGAGGAAGUAAGCCAGUGUGUGGUAUGAUGCUUCCUGCAGAAAGUGCUUGGCCACCUGGCAGAGGACUUUCCUGGUAGAUCGCACCUACUUGUAUUGAUGACUCAAAAGGGAUGAAAUACAGUGACAUUUCUGUACCUGGAUCGUAGUCACUUUUAAAAACUAGCUGAAUUUGAUUCUACUUUCCUUCCUCCCCUCCAGAAGGCUGCCCUGAGUCAGCUCUGCAUCAGACAUUACUAGCAAGAACAAAAAAAUCUCUAGGGGAUGGAGGGGACAGGAUGCUGUCUCCCUUCCUGUUUUAAGCCAAUGAACACAGAUGCUGUGAGCGGCUGCCAUGUAACUUCACUUUUAAUGGUUUAUCCACAGUGGCUCCCUUUGCCUAUGUGAAUAAUGUUGCACAUUUUUCUUCUGGCAGCUGAGGCUGGGAGUGAGGCCAGUGGUGGGGUUGGGGAGAAGCAUUUUAAUACACGUGUGUAUAAAUAUUUUAUCAGCCAACUUUCUAGAAAAAUAAAUCUUUGUCCAACAUGCCUCCCUUGGUUUUUAUUUUCUUGACUCCCAAAGCCACUUCAGUUUUGGCUUGUCUCCAUUCUCUCCCAUUUGUACAAUUUACUCUUUAAAAUGGUCUUGCAGUAUGACUACCCCAUACCUAUGACCAUUCACUUCCCCCUCGUGAACUUUCAUUGGGUCCUGGCUGUAAGUUUUAUUUCACAUCCAUUCUUGCUCUAGAGGUAAGCUUUUUCCCUUCAUUUCUAAAGCAGCUAUGCUGGCAGGGACUAACUUAGCUAUCUGCCAAGUAAGAUGGACCAUAUAUCUCCAUCUUCCCGUUUUCAGUAUGCGCUGUCCACUGAGAGAACUGCUCCAGGCAGCAAUGCCUUCUAGCAGGAUGGGCCUACACCAGUAUUUCUUGCAUGUGGCCACCAGAGGCUUUUCUUGUAGCUACAGUCUCCUGGACUGGGCAGGAAGCAGUGGCCCAUCUCCCAGGGCUGCCAGUAGGGGCUGGGUUCCCUCCCCCCCAAAAAAACACUGGUUGUGCAGGCAGCUGGUGAAUUCCCCACUCUUUUCCAGGGGACAGGCUUCAGACUUCAUCCAUGCAGUGACAGGCUCUGAUUUCAGGCUCCAACCCUUGGCCCUGGGUCCCACUGCCUCCCUGCCC